UAUACUGGAUAUUUCUAGCAGAAACUGGUUCCAGAAACAAACAUACAAAUACAUCAAUCUGCUAUCAAUACAACAAACAGAGCCAAGACAGCUUUUUUUAUCCACUCUGCGUGUCUCUGGUAUCUCUGAGCAAAGUGGAGUUUGGACAUUUUCCAUCAGUGAUAGGUAAACACACACUUUGACCUCAACUUGACAAAAAUUCACUCGGACGCAAGAGCCUCAUUGGACCCUUUUGGAGCGAUCUCAGGUGGGAACAGAAAAGGUCAAUACUUUAAUUACUGGGACAGUUUUAGUGGAUUACACUCUGGUCUGCAGCCAGAUCACGAGGCGGUCAGGCCCACUUCUUCGUGCAAGACAGAAAAAAAAAUCACGUGAAACUGGAGUUGUGGUUAAUGAACAAAUUGUGUGCAGCACAUGGUAGGUAAGGAUGUUGCCGAUGAUUACUCAGCCUGGAGGUCAGCUGCAGCUACAUUGCGCUGUGACUAAUGGCGUAUAGCUGUGUCAGCUAUUUCUAGUGGUAAGGUUGGGUUAGCAGAGGGUUUAUGAAUCCUCUGAGAAGAUCUACUUUGAGGGUAGAGCGAGCUCGAAACAGUAAGUGGGGUCAGUAAAUAUUUAGUUUGCCCUGCAUGUGAAACGGCAUCUGCUCUGUCAUAAGUUUCUGUAUUAUGUGAAAUCCACUGAAACGUCAUACAACACCGCUGCAGGGCAGAGUUAAUGAAUCCAGAUGAUAAUCAGUAACAGAGUAUUAACACAGUCAUCAUGACCGGAUAAUCACUGCGCCCACUUCCACAGGAGUUAAGAGGAGCCCUCACGCACUCGCUUGUCCUCCGUUUGGGUCGUGAAACAUGAGCACUUUUGUGACCCUCUCGUCGGGGCAGAGGAUGCCUCUGGUUGGGCUCGGCACGUGGAAGAGCGCUCCAGGUCAGGUGAAGCAGGCAGUGCUGGCAGCUUUAGACGGUGGCUACAGACAUAUCGACUGUGCCGCCGUGUACGGCAACGAACAGGAGGUUGGAGAUGCUUUGGCUCUUCGGGUGGGUCCAGGGAAGGCUCUGAGGCGUGACGAGGUGUUUGUGACUUCCAAACUGUGGAACACCAAACAUGAUCCCAAGGAUGUGGAAGAGGCAUGCAGGUCCAGUCUGACCCACCUGGGUCUCUCCUACCUGGAUCUCUACCUCAUGCACUGGCCCAUGGCCUUUAAGAGAGGGAAGGAGUUAAUGCCUCGACGAGACGAUGGGAGUAUUUGUUACUCUGACACUCACUACAGAGAUACUUGGAAGGCCAUGGAGAACCUUGUAGAUAAAGGCCUGGUUAAGGCUAUCGGGCUGUCUAACUUCAACGCAAGGCAGAUUGAUGACAUCAUCGCCAUUGCCAGGCACAAACCUGUGGUGAACCAGGUGGAGUGCCACCCUUAUCUGUCUCAAGCAGACCUCCUGUCACACUGUCGGUCAUUGGCGGUCUGUGUGACAGCCUACAGUCCUCUGGGCAGCGGAGACAGACCCUGGGCUUCUCCUGAGGAGCCUAGUCUGCUGGCAGAUCCGCGACUUGGCGCCAUCGCCGAGAGGUACCAGAAAUCUCCUGCUCAGGUGAUACUCAGGUGGAACGUCCAGAGGGGGGUGGUGUGUAUCCCCAAAAGUGUGACGGCCUCCAGGAUCCAGGAGAAUUUAAGGGUGUUUGAUUUUUCCUUGUCUCCAGAAGACAUGAGACUAAUCGACUCCUUUAACCGCAACACACGUUUUAUUAUCCCGACAGUGGAGAAGGAUGGCAAGAAAGUGUGGAGGGAUGGAGAACAUCCUCACUUUCCCUUCCAUGAUCCGUACUGAGCCUUCAAGAAACGCAUUAAAGGCGAUUCUCAAAUAGAUGACAUGGAAAAAUAAAUUAAACUGAACCUCAAUCA